AUGCACCAGAGGGCCUCGCCGAGAGACGACAGGUUAGCGUUCACGCUCGUGAAAGAUGAUGAGAAGCUGGUCAAGGAGGAUGAUGAUGGGGAUUCUGCAGCAGAAGAUGAACCUCUCGGCCAUAACAUCUAUGCCCUGCUCAUCGCAGAGGUGACGAAGGCCUGGGAGAAAGUGUUCCAGAAGAACGCGCAGACAUCCGAUUGUUUCGUCACCGCUUUCCGCCUCUUCCACUCGCUGUUCCUUGUGUUUGCAGUGAUCGGCAUGCAGGUCUUUCUUCUACACUCUGUGUCCUCCAAGCUCUGCGUGCCGGCAGUGAGGCAAGUGCGUCGGGUCUACGACGAGUUUCAAGUCGCGAUAUACGGCGAGGCUUGCAUCAAGAUUCGAUUGCUGACGCUCCGGUUCGUGUAG